GGUUUUAAAGAAUAACUCAUCUAAAGUUGAUAACUCUUGGCUUUCAUGUACAUACUAGGAAUUAUAUUUUUUAUUUUAUUUUAUUUCAAAAAUUUAUUUAAUUUUAAUAAGUUGCAAUAGUUUAGUUUUCAUAAACUAAUUAAAAUCAACACAUAUAAUUUUAUGGACACACACACCAAACAAAUAUCAUUAUUAAAUAAACAAAUAGUUAAAAAAGGCAUGUAAAUACAAAAAAAAAAAAUUAUAAUAAUUGUAAGAAUUACAAUUUUAAAGAAUUAAUUACUCAAUUAUAAUAGCAGACUAAAGCUGUUAUAAUUGAAUAAUUGAAUAGAAUGGUUUUAUAAAGAAUCAAUAUCUUAAAUAGUGUUUGUAUAAAUUCAAUUAGCAAGUUGUAUUUUUUAUCUAAAUGCUUCAAAUAAAACGUCGCUUUCCACCAGACGACCCAUUCUUUGAAGAUGGUGAUAUAUUGUUUACAAGGCUUAUUCGUACUGUUGAUGAAACAGUUGAUUCAAUUACUGAAAGUUUGGAUGCUGUUAAUAUCAGUAGUUUUAAGUGCAGCAUAAAAGGUUGUUCAAAAAUUUUUUCUAGUCCUUUUCUUUACAAUCAACAUUUUGAUUUACUUCAUCGAUAUGUUUGUCAUUCCUGUAAUAGACAUCUUCCUUCAAAUCACUUACUUGAACUUCAUUUAAUGGAGACACAUGAUACUUAUUUCCAAGCUUGCCUAGAGAAAGGAUUAGAAGUAUACCAGUGUUUCUUGCAAAGCUGUAGAAUGAAAUUUGUUAACGAGGAAACUAGAAAAAAGCAUCUUGUGGAUAUCCAUCAUUAUCCUGCUGAUUUUAAGUUUAGUGUUUCAAAAAGAAAUUUAAAAGAAAACCAGACAAAGAAACUAAUGAAAAUAAAUCUUGAUAACAAUUCUGAAUCUGCAAUGGAAAUUGACAUUGAAAAAAUAACUGACAAAAAUACAAAAAUUUUAUCGUUCAAUGAUGAUGUACCUAUUAAAAGCUCAAAUGAUAAAAUAGACAAUGAAUUCCAUAGGCAAUGUACAACUGAUAAGAAAUUAUCAAAACGAUGUCAAGUAGACAAUGAACUAACAAGUGAAGAAAAUAAAAUUGAAAAGGUUACUAAUGAUUGUGGUCUAAAUAAUAAAUUUCAAAACAAACAAAAAACUACUGCCAAACUGCCUAAAUCUGUAAGUUUUGGAAGAGGAAGACAACGUGCUUUUAUCAAAUGACCAAAUGAUGAAGCGUAGCUUGUUGGGGGAAAAAAAUAUACACAUCUGUUUUAAAUAAUUAAAUAUACCUAUUUUAAAUAAUUAAAUACUUCAAUAUAUUUUAUUAAUUUUUACUCUACUUUAUAGUUUUAAAUAAAUA